AUGAUCCGUCUUCUUGAUUUGGUCAAGUUUUUCUCCGCAAUCUUGCCUGAAAUCGAGUUCCCUGAUGAAAAGAUCAGUUUGGACGAAAAGGUGAUCUUCACCAUUGGUUCCGGCUUGCUUUUCUUCUUGUCACAACUUCCAAUCUACGGUCUUGUCAAGGAUGCUACCUUGAAAAUGGCUGACCCUUACCCAGCAUUGAGACCGCUCUUUGCUUUGGAGCAGGGCUCCUUAUUAGAAUUGGGCUUGCUUCCUAUCAUCACUUCUGCUUUCGUCUGGCAAAUUGCUGCAGGCUUGAAGUUGAUUAAUGUUAACUUCAAUUAUGCCCAGGACCGUGAGUUGUUCCAAACUGCUCAGAAAUUGACUGCUUUGGUUUUGGCUUCCACCUUCGCUGUGGCUUUGAUUGCUUCCGGAUACUACAACCCAGUGUUGGCCAACUACUCCGGUGAGUCUGUUCCAUACGGCUCUUACGCUUUGAUUUUCACUCAGAUCGUUGGUUGGAACUUCAUCUUGAACUUGAUUGCUGAAGUCAUUGAUAAGGGAUACGGUUUCGGUUCGGGUCCUUUGUGUUUCAUUGCUGUCAACGCUGCUACUCAGCUUGUUAGAGACGUUGUGGGUGUUGAGGCCGUCACUGCUGUUCCAGACGGUGUGCCAGAGACUUACGGUGUAGUCACCUACUUCAUUAGAGCUUUGUUCUCCAUGGAGUUGAAGAACAUCAAGGAUGCCGCUAUUGGUAUCUUUGCCAGAGCUAACUUCCCUAACCUUCCUCUGGUGCUUAUCCUUAUCGCCACUGGCCUUGCUACUAUUGCGUUGCAGAACGUCAGAGUUGAAUUGCCUAUCAGAUCCAACAAGGCCAGAGGUACAGCUAAUGUUUACCCAAUCAGAUUGUUGUAUACUGGUGCAUUGCCAGUUUUGUUCGCCUUCACUGUGUUGGCCAACAUUCAGCUUUCCUUGCACUUUGCUUCUAUUGCUUUGCAACCAUUCUACCCUGUGAUUUCCAAGAUCCUUGAGUCCCGUUCCGAUGCUGGCUCAGUGGUUUCCGGUCUUUCUUUCUACGUGAGUGCUCCAGCUUCAUUGAGCGAGUCCGUGUUGUCUCCAAUCAGAGCUGUGGUGUUCUCGUCCUCUGUCUUGGUUUUGGCUACUACAUUUGCCCACUUCUGGGCCAAUAUCUCUGGUUCUGCGCCAAAGGACAUUGCAAGACAGUUCAAGGACCAGAGCAUCAUUAUUGCUGGUAAGAGAGAUGUCUCCAUUACCAAAGAAUUGUCUAAGAUUGUCCCAGUGGCUGCAGUCACUGGUGCUUUCUCUUUGGCUGUUGUUGCCUUGGCUGGUGAGUUGUUGGGCUCCUCAGGUAACGCAGCUGCCGUGACCGUGGGUAUCUGCGCCGCCUUCGCUAUUUUGGAGGACUUCAUGAUGGACUUCCAACAGUCUGGCGGAAACUCCCAACUCAUGAACUCUCUUGGCGGCUUCCAGUAG